GUGUCAAGAAAUAUCGGUAGUCCAAAAAUAAGGAAAUUUUGAUGAAAAUAUCGAGAUAAUAUCGAUACUUUAGACCUUACUUUUGAGUAUGAACUCCUACUCAUAUUUUGAGUAGCCAAAUAUUGUUCUAUGUUUAAUAUAUAGAUGUAUAUAAAGGAAAUUAAGAAAAAAAAAUAAAAAGAAAUAAAAUUAAAAAAAACCCCAUUUUGCUUCCAAUUCCUUCUACUUUCUUCCCUUCUCAAAAAUGAAAAAUCCUCACUUUCUCUAAAACCAACUCUCAAAAGCCUCCAUCUUUAAACCAAUCUUUCCAGAGAAUCCGAGAGAAAGCGAAGGCAAAAGGAUAUGAACUCAAAAACCGAAAGGCUGGUGAGGAGGACGACCAUGGUGUCCACUGUCACUGCUGCCUAUUUCCUCUUGACUGCUGAUUACGGCUCCGAGCCCAACGCUCUCGACCCUAUUAAGAAAGCUAUACAGUCUGCAGAAGGUUCUGUUAAAGACUUCAUUUUCAGAUCAAAGAGUCCACCUCAGGAAAGCAAAAUCGAGAAGCUGGGCGCUACUGAUGCAAAGGACCGUCCUUAGUUUAAUGGGCAGUUGACUGUGUAUAGAAAGAUCGUCGGUCUGAGAAUGAUGUUACAGUUCUGUUAAGUUUCUAUGGGGUGAUAUUUGGACCUUGUGUACCUUUUGCAGAAAGAUAGUUUCAUGUUUGGUUUUAUGUAUGACAUUCUCCUUGCUGCUGAUAUAGAACCCAACUCAGUGCGGAUAUGUUUAUGAUGUUCACUAUAUUACGUGUUAUAAAUCGUACAAUCCCGGGUUGAAGGACCCAAUUGUCCAA